AUGAACACAACAAAUGAUGACUUAGCCAACCCUACCAACUGGCAAAACACUGAAGGGGAUUUUCCCAGCUCCACUGAGGUGGAAGUUGGUCUGAAGACUUUUUACCUCCCCAUUAUGUAUAGCAUCAUCUUCCCGGUGGGCUUCCUGGGAAACGUCAUUGCGACUUGUGUUUACAUCUUCAAGAUAAGGCCGAAGAGCAGCACCAUAAUCAUGCUGAACCUAGCACUCACAGACCUGCUCUACGUCACCAGCCUUCCCUUGAUACACUACUACGCCAGUGGGGAGCACUGGAUCUUUGACAAAUUCAUGUGCAAGUUCAUCUGCUUUGGCUUCCAUUUCAACUUGUACAGCAGCAUUUUCUUCCUCAUCUGCUUCAGCACCUUCCGCUGUAUGGUGAUUGUCCAUCCUAUGAAGUUCUUCCACAUCCAGAGGAAGCAGCGGACAGCGAUGGCUUGCACAGCUGUUUGGGUGAUCUCACUGGCAGCUGUCAGCCCCAUCAACUUCUUGAUCUCCUCAUAAGAGGCACAAAACAGAUCCUUAUGCCUCGACCUUACCAGCUCUGAAAAGUUGGGCACAAUCAGGUGUUAUAACUGGCUGCUGACCAGCUUGGCCUUCUUCUUGCCCUUGCUGAAGGUAACCCUGUGCUACGCACCUAUUAUUUGCGCCUUGGCUACCACGCUCCACAUGCAGGUUUGCUACAAACAAAAGGCUCGCAGACUCGCUGUCAUCCUCUUGGUGGUCUUCUAUGUGUGUUUCCUUCCCUUCCACAUCUUUUGGGUGUCUCAGGUUGAACUACGGUUGUGUCAAGUGAGCUGUCACAUGGAGAAGCAAAUCCACUCUACCUAUAUCAUCUCUUGGCCACUGGAUGCACUCAACACAUGUGGCAACCUACCACUUUGUGUCGUGAUCAGAGGUAAGUUCCAGCAGGCCAUGCUCUCUCUUUCAAGGUGUAAGUGCAACAAAUACGUUCAGCAGCGCGGGAGCAACAAUUAUGUGACCAAGCCAGAAAUCACAUUAAAGUUAUAA